CCCACGUCCAAAUCAUACCCGAGUGAUGCUGGAGCAGAAGUCUCUGCGACGGCAUAUUGCCUCUUGUGAACACUAUUAUAUCCCAAGAUUAGCACUGGUUUACCCCAAUUCCACGUGACAUCAAGGGGCUUCAUUUGAUAGCUGCAGCUCCCUCACCUUACUUGAAACGAAGAGCCUGGCUUGCAACAUUUACGAGGAUUUCGGAAAGUAGUGAAAGUGGGAUCAGAGCAGUUAUGACAUCUACGCUUACCCAUUCUUCUCUUGGUGAGAUUCGCGGCAAGUUCGGUGACGGAGUCAUCCAGUUUUGGGGUAUUAAAUAUGCUUCCAUCAAAGACUUAUUUGCUCCGAGCGAGCUUUUGAAGGGUUCGAGUGACAAUGUUGUUGAUGCAACGAAAUACGGGCCUAUGGUGCCGAGUCCUAUGGAGAAGGCUUGGGAGGAUGAGUUUACAUUCAUUCAAAAGUCGCUUCCAAUGCCUAAAAUGAGCAUGUCCGAACUUGAAGGACUGCACCUCAAUGUUACGAUGCCUCUGAUUGAUGGCAAAGUACCAAGUCCGGAGACGAAGUUGCCAGUCUUUGUGUUCGUUCAUGGUGGUGGCUUUGGUCUUGGAUCAAAUGCUUGGCCACAUUAUGAUCAGGCAAGAUUUGUGAAAUUGUCAGCUGAAAUGCAAAAGCCUGUCAUAGGCGUUGGUAUCAAUUACCGAGUUGGGAUUCCUGGUUUCAUGACAUCAGCAGAACUUCGAGAUGCUGGAUACCUCGGCAACAAUGGUAUCAGAGAUCAAGCAAACGCAUUCACUUGGGUGCAAGAGUAUAUUUCAGGCUUCAGAGGAGAUCCACAAAAUGUAACCUUCAUCGGAGAGAGUGCUGGCUCUGCUUCCGGGUUCUUGCUAUUGCAUCAAACGAAGCCUCUCUUCAAUCGCUUCAUUUCCAUGUCCGGCAAUACACUGAUGAUGAGACCUCUUCCACCCCCACUCUCAGAAUUUGUAUACUCUUCUACCAUGCAAGCUCUUGGUCUCGGAGCACUUUCCGGCUCAGAAAGAGUAAAAUCGCUUUGGCAAAUUCCCGUCGAGAAGAUCGUUGAAGCUGGAUCUUCCGGUCUCCCGCUAUUACCAGUCGUUGACAACGAUUCAGUACCAUGUGCCCCCACGUUCGCACAGGUAGGUUCGAAAGCAGAGGAUCCCGCUCUCUCUAUGCCUGGGAGGAGUUGGUGCAAAGAAUUGCUCGUCGGAGAUUGCCAAUUUGAUGGCUCUAUACUAUCGUUCAUGCUCGGCCCAAGAAAGUUUGGCCUCGCGAGAACCUUUUGUGACUCCAUAGAGAAGACCUUUGCUGCACAGCCAGGAGCAGCAGAGAAGUUGCGUCACACUUACAAGAUUACCCCAGAUCUCUCAGACUCUGUCGCCCUCCGCAACGUCUUGCAGUUUGCAACAGACAUCGGAUUCUUUGCCACAGGCGUAACUUGGGCUCGUGGUUGGCCUGGUAAAGCUUGGAUGUACCACUUCAAUGAACUAAAUCCGUGGGAUGGAGAGUGGAAAGGCGAAUCAGGACAUGUUCUCGAUGUCGCUUAUUUAUUCCAGAACUUUGAUGAACAUCUCGCGCAGGCGGAGCAAGCUGUUGCAAAGCAGUUCGCGGGAGACUUCAUCAACUUCAUGAAUGGCGAGACGAGAUGGCCUUUAUUUGAAAGUGGAAAUGAAGGAGCGAUGACAUAUGGACCAAGUUCUGAUGGGAAAUGCUCCGAAUAUGUGGAAGGAAUCACUUCAGAGAAAUCCGGGCGGAAGAAUACAAUCUUCGAGCUCGCGGAUAGUGUUGGGAUUGAGGAGCUCUCAGCUGCUUGGGGAAAUUUCUUGUCUGGCAAUUAGAUGGCAAAUUUGCAUUUGUUCAAGACAAUGAAAGCUUCCACAAUCC